AUGUGGUUGAAAAGUUCGAAUGAUAACGAAUCGGCAAGUAAGGUGUCAUCGACAAGCUCUACUCAAUCGAUGCAAUCAUUCAAAUCAUUCCAAUAUAAAUAUUUGACAAUCUAUUUGUUGGCAAUGGCUGCCGAUUGGUUACAAGGACCUUAUGUAUAUGCUUUAUACGAAUCAUAUGGAUUUAAAAAGUCAGAUAUUGCAUUCUUGUUUGUAAGUGGAUUCCUUUCAAGUAUGUGUUUCGGUAUCAUCGUUGGUCCAAUAGCUGAUAAAUAUGGAAGAAAAUUAAUGUCUAUUAUUUUUGGUGUUUUAUAUUCUGCAAGUUGUCUAACCAAGUUGGUCAAUGAUUUCGGUAUUCUUUUGGCCGGUAGAGUUUUGGGUGGUAUUUCAACUUCACUAUUAUUUUCUGUUUUUGAAUCAUGGAUGGUUGCUGAGCAUAAUGCAAGAGAAUAUCCAGAUUCAUUAUUAUCAUCAACAUUUUAUAUUGCAACAUUUUUAAAUGGAAUUGUAGCUAUUUUUGCAGGACUUUGGUCGUCGUUCGCCGCGGAUCGUUGGGGAUUUGUUUCACCUUUUAUGUGGGCACUUGGCUUGCUUGUGAUUUGUACAGUCUUGAUUAUCACAAGUUGGAAUGAAAACUAUGGAAAUUCCAGUGUGUCACUCGAGCAUACUUUCCGUAGUUCAUUCCAAUAUCUGAUGAACGAUCGUUCCAUCAUAAAGUUGGGUUUCAUUCAAUCGUUGUUCGAGGCAUCGAUGUACACUUUCGUUUUCAUGUGGACACCGACUCUACAGGAGUCCGGUAGUCAAGUCGGUGAGUUGCCAUUCGGUUUGAUUUUCGCCACCUUUAUGGUGUGCAUCAUGAUUGGCAGCUCCAUUUUCAAUAUGAUAAGCAAGCAGGCAUCGAUGACGACGGAGCGUCUCGCCUGCUGGAUAUUCGGAUGCGCCAUCGGUUGUAUGUCGAUUCCCUAUUUGUUCCCUACACAGUCACUGUUGAUCUACAUCUCUUUCCUCGUGUUUGAGAUCUGUUGUGGACUCUAUUUCCCGACGAUUGGAACACUCCGCAGUAAAUACAUUCCGGAAUCAGCAAGAACAUCGAUUAUGAACUACUUUAGAGUGCCAUUGAAUUUCAUGGUCGUAGUAGUACUCUCAAACAUCUCUUCGAUCUCCACCACCAACAUCUUUUUAGUCUGUACAUUGUGGCUUAGCAUUGCCUUAGUUUUACAAAAUAGUUUUGUUCCAAGAUCAUCUUCCAAUAUUUUACCAAAAUCAAUCAAUGAAAAUUUUAUAUCAGUGGAUUAA